AUGGAUGCUCUAGCAGCAUAUCCGACAAGGGCUGCUCGGGCACAGAUAGCAGCGGCUGAUUGGGACGCUGCAGUGCAUGCAUGGACGUCUUGGCUGCGCGACAGUGCUGCAGCGCCCGAUUCUGCCUUUGAAGAGCUGUUCGGCACCGAACAGCCGCUAUCUGCCUUUAUAUAUGCGUAUCUUGACGCGCAUACACCGCGCAAAAACGCAGAUGAACAUGGAUUUACCGGUGCCACUGCUACCAAAGCCGAGGAUGAGCUUUCAGAGGCUGUCUUCCUUGUUUUAGAGCGUGUUUUUCACUUAGAAAGCACCAAACUACAAAUAUUAAAACAUCCAUUCGUACUCUUUGAUUUUUGCGUAUUAUAUGCGCUCGACUGUGCACCGCGAGUGCUCCACACUGUCGAGCAUAUAUCACUCAGCGCUGAACGACAAGUGAUUAUAGAAGCUCACAGAGUCCGAGACGAGUAUAUAGUGCAAAUACAACAGCUUGUAGAAACAGAAAAAAUAAUACAGGAAAAAAAGCAACGUGUGCAACUACAAGCACUAAUGGUCUUUGUACGGCUAUGUGCACCAGCAACAUGUGUUUUUCUCGAUGAAGGAUUUAUAGGGUUAAUUGCAAGAGUAUAUCAGAGAGGAGCAUUGAUAUCGGGAAUCAAGGAGGAGUUGCUAUGGUUAGUGUUUACGCUGUUUACGUCGUUUCUAUGGGAACGGGGAGUUUGUGAGCAGAUUGUCCGGCGGUUUAGGUGGUUGUAUGAAGAAGAGUGGGUUUCACGGGAGCUUCUGAGAGAUCUGGUGCUCGAAACAGAGAUCGUAGAGCGGUUCUACGAGGGGGCGUUGUUUUCAGAGGAAAUAGUCUCGGAGCUGCGGGCGUUGAGGGAGGCAUCAUUGCCAGGGAAAUUGUUGCCCUGGAAACAGUUACCAGGGAUACAGAAGCUCCAGGAGCUUUUUCCGGCGUCCACGGAAGCCUUUCUCGACGAGUGUCUGUGCGCAUGCGGCGGAGACGUCGAGGCUGCUGUAUGUAUGAUUCUCGAAAGCAACAGCACUGUGGACACACAAAAGUCUAUAGAUACUUGCACAGGCAAGGAAAGGUGUGUAUUUUUACAAAAGCUGAAACAUAGUAAUGGGCAGUUUAGGGUGUGUCCUGUGAAUAGUGGGUGUCCUGUUGCUACGGGCAACGACAGAUGUUUGCCUGGAGGAAAUAAGCUGGACAGAGUAGUAGAAAUACAGAAAAUAUACAGAGGAAAGAAGGGAUAUGCAUCAGCAGAUGCCAUGUUGGAGGACAAGUUAUUUGUGCGUGAACACAAGCAGAUGAUAAUGGACUCGGUGUUUGUUAAUGAUGAGGAUGAAAAAGAUGAUACAUAUGAAGAAGCAGGUUCUAGUGAUGGGGAGGUUCGGGAAGAGUGCAGAAUGAAUAGGGUAGAUGGAAUACUGUAUACAACAUAUAUAGUGUCUCCGGAGGUUUUUAAUCGGACUAUGGAGGCACGACGGUCAUGUGGUAGAAAGGAGCUUCAGGCAAGUACAGGACUGUCUGAUGAGCAGAUUGAGUGUUGGAAGAUGAUGCUGGAUAGAAAUCCUCGGCAAGCAGAAAAAUAUGAAGAGAUGUAUGGUUUUUCGGGAAAUGAAGCAUUGCCUUCAAGCAAAUGGAGCAGUGAUCAGAAUCGUGGUUUUGACAAAGAUUUUUCCAAAACACGGUUUUUGAAUACAAGAGGCAAAAAAAAUAGGAAAAAUAGAUGA